AUGCCAUCGUUUAAAGAACGCUUUCGACCAUCUCGUAAAUAUAAAAAAAAUAAAGAAACAAGUUCUUUGAAUACCGAUGAUUCUGCUAGUUCAACAAAUGCUAGUGGAAUAUCAACAAAUAUAACAACAGCAGGUGCAUCAACAACAAUUGAUGAUCAUACUGGUUUAGUAUCACUAUCUACUUAUUCUACGCAUUAUUCAGUUGAUUAUUAUAAAAUUAAUCCUAAAGAUUAA